UCCUCCCGGGCGCCGGUCUACAUUCGUGAUUCAAUUGGGCAAGGUAUUAUGGGUGGACACAGUGCGAAUUUUCCUGGUCACAGCAGCCUACUACAGCUGCAUAUAUGCUCGAAUACCAGCACUCGAGUUACUGAUAAACAGCCGCGAUCAAGUCGGCAUGAUGUCGGCAGUGCUGCUCUUCGCUGCGGCCACUACCUUUGAGCUUCUGAUCUCCUGCUACCAAAUGGACGUACUCCACUUGUUUGGUGUCAGGAUUCGUUCCAUGCUUCAAGGGCUUGUAUUCAAAAAGGUGACGAACAUGUCAGCCGGCAGCAAGGCCCGCUACCCGACGGGACACAUCAGUUCCCUACUGGGCGUCGACUGCUCCCUGCUCUCCAGCUGCGCCUUCGCCAUCCCUGUGCCCCUGUUCGGAGUGCUUCUGUACCCUUUCCUCUUCUGGAUGCUUGCCGCGCGAGCCGGCGCUGUGCCGUCGCUGUGCUCGGCGGCCUGGGCCGUGCUGGUGCUGGGCUUGCCCUUUUUCGGCUCGUUUCUGCAGAAGUGCUUCUGGAAAAAGGCAACCCGAGCUCGCGACGAGCGACUUAAGGCGACGACUGACCUGCUGUCCACCAUCCGCGUGGUGAAGAUGUACGCCUGGGAAGACGCCCUGCAGGAGAAUGUGCACCGAUCCAGAGAGGUCGAGCUCAAGUGGCUUCUCAGGGUCAACCUACUGGAUGCCAUUCUCGACUGCCUCUACAACUCCACCAGCUCAGUGCUUAUGAUCAUCCUGUUCUCUACGCUCUACGUGCUGGAACCCAACAUCGUGCUCACCCCGGCACUGUCGUUCUCGUGCGUGUCACUCCUCUACAUGACUGAUCUGAGCAUGAACGGCUGCGGACAGGCGCUGAGGAAUUUCAGCCAGGGUUCGCUGGCCCUCAAGAGAAUUGCGGACUUCUGUACGGCAGAAGAACAAGAAAACAUCCUUGACUCCAGCAGCCAUUUUACAACGAGGAAAGGUUGUGUGACAAUGCAGAGAUGCUCCUUUUCGUGGGGCAAGAUUGACGAUGACCAAACGGAAGCCCAUCUUAAUGACAUCAACUUGAAUGUCGAGCCCGGAUCUCUCAUUGGUAUCGUCGGUUUCGUAGGAAGCGGCAAGUCAUCGCUACUAGCCGCAAUAUUGGGAGAUAUGCACCGCAUCAAAGGCAAGGUCACGUGCACGGGUCGUGUUGCUUUUGCACCGCAGCUUCCAAACGUGCACAACAUGACAAUUAGGGACAACAUUCUUUACGGAAAACCGAUGGACCCUGUUUUCUACGAGCAAGUGAUUCGGAGCUGCCAACUGAUGAAUGACAUCAACAAGUUGCAAGCAGGAGACAUGACCGAAGUCGGCGAGAAGGGCACGAACCUGAGUGGAGGUCAAAAGCAGCGCAUUUCCUUGGCCCGCGCUGUUUACAGCCAGAGUGACAUCUACUUGCUUGACGACCCUCUCAGUGCUCUGGAUCCGGUCGUGGGCAGCCGAGUGUUCAGGGAGGUCAUCGGAAAUCGUGGCAUGCUCAGGGACAAGACACGAAUCCUGGUCUGCAAUCAAGGGCACUACUUGCACAACAUGGACAAGCUGGUCCUCGUUGAUGCAAAGCGCAUCAAGGUGUACGACAAACUUGCAGAUCUUGUCACAGACCCGGAAUCACCGAAGAACUUCCGAGAAGCUCUCGAACAGCGCAAAUCACGAGAUCAGAGCACAACUGGUACUGCUAACGAAGAAAUGGAAGAAAAUGACACAGUUGGACGAAUAACUCAAGAAGAGCUCGGCAGUUCCUCAAAAACAGGUUGGCAGCUUCUAGGCAUUAUGUUGCGCCUGGCUCAGUGGCCUGCCCUCGUCGGAGUGCUCGUGUUCCUGGCAGCAGCCUGUGCCUUCGCGUAUGAGCAGAUCUGGAUCAAGGAGUGGACGGACGCUUCGAGCCGCGCAGCCACAGGCUCAACAGUCGAACAACUGCCUUGGGUUCAAAUGCUGGUAUCACUGUGCGUCAUAGACGUGGCCCUCCGUAUCGUGGGGAGCGUCCUGCUGAGCCUGUCCGCGAAGCGACUGUCACGCUCUCUGCAUAAUGAAAUGCUGGGCCACGUGCUUCGAAGUCCAGUGUCCUUCUUUGACGCUUGUCCGCGCGGGAGGAUACUGAACCGAUUCUCGGCUGACAUCGACUUUAUCGACUCACGAACGUUCCUGAGCGGCAAGCAAAGCGUUCAGAACACGCUCGUCACACUCGCCAAGAUAGCGGUCAUCGGAACCCAGUCGCCCAUAGUGUUGGGUGUCACGGCUGUCGCCACCGUACUGGCCGGAUACGGAAUGAACCUGGCCGUAAAGGCUUCGCACUGCGCCCGCUUCUCCGAGAGCGUGGCAAUAUCUCGCAUGCUCCAACACGUCACCGAGACCGUCGACGCGCUGAGCAGCGUGCGAACGUACGGCGUGGCCGACCGGUUCCGGAGACACUUCUGCCGCCUCACGGACGAGACCAUGCGCGGCUACUCGAGCUUCGGAACCGCGUACCGGUUCACGCGCACGCUCACGUCGACGUCGGGGUUCGUGGUCGUCAUGUGCACGCUCCUGGCCAACACGGUGUUCGCCGGACCUGACGGACCGGACCCCAGCAGUCUCGGCCUGGCGCUGAGCUCGGCUACCUCGGUUCCUUUAUCGCUGAUGACACUGUGCGUGAUGCUGUUCAACGUGCUGCAAAUGGUCGUCUCUUUUGAGCGCUGCGUCGAGUACACCGAGCUUCCACCAGAGGACGACCUGCCGCCUACGUGGGGCGAAGAGCAGAGGGCCGCAGCUGACAAGGCCCUGUUAAGCUGGCCCAGCGAAGGCAAGGUUGAGUUCCAAAACUACUCGGCAUCCUACCGGCCCGGCGUCCUGCCUAACGUUCUCAAUGGUGUCACGUUGGUUGUGAAUCCUAAGGAGAAGAUCGGUGUUGUGGGACGCACGGGUGCCGGCAAGUCUUCGCUGGUGCUCGCCCUACUGCGCAUGCUCAGAGCGUCGGAGGGCCGCAUCCUGAUCGACAGCGUGGACAUAGCCGGAGUGCCUCUCCGGAAACUGCGGCGAAGCAUUACCGUCAUACCUCAGGAUCCCAGCUUGGUGAGGGGAACGCUCCGGAUGAACUUGGACCCCACAAACUCGCAUUCUGACAGGGAAAUUUGGCAGUGCCUAGAGCGAGCCCACUUGGCGAAGGUCGUCUCGAGUGACCCCAAGGGGCUGCUUCUGGAGACGGCAGAUGGAGGCAGCAACUUAAGCGUGGGCCAACGGCAGCUGGUGUGCCUUGCGCGGGCUUUGCUUCGCGGAACGAAGAUCCUUCUCCUCGACGAGGCUACGUCGCAGAUGGACGGGGACACCGACCAGCUCAUCCAGGUGGCGCUGAGGGACGCCUUUGCGCAGUGUACGCUCUUCACCAUCGCGCACCGUCUACACACCGUCCUCGACUAUGACCGAAUACUCGUCUUGGAGGACGGCAAGGUCAGAGAAUUCGACACCGUGCCACGUCUGUUGUCUGACAAUUCAUCGGUGUUCUACAGCAUGGCCAUCGAAGCUGGUAUCAAUAGCGCCCGAAGACGACCUGAACUUAUCAGCACCACGUUGUGAUCGGUUCUUUUUUUUUUGUGGUUGUUAUUCCGCGCACGUCGCGCAUGAGGACAAGACAGUGCUGCUUCGCUUGCGCCAUUCCUUUUCUUUGUCUUGUGCUGGUGUGCGCAAUACGCAGAUCACGCUUCACCACCUCGCCCAAACCAACUACCUUAGCAAGCUAUUAACUGCGUGUUCAUCGUCAUCAUCAUCAUGCGUGCACCACAUCAGGAAGUGGACAAGCCCGCAACGUCAUCCGCGAUGGGUUGAAGUGGAAGUUCUUAUAUUGCACAUUACAACGUAUUUAUCUUCCGUGCUCCGAGAGCGCCCCCAAGCAUGCAGCCCUCCGACGAAAGGAUCGGUGGCAAGUGACCAGCCUCGAGGAGCGGAUCCGUCCCUCAGCGUAGGCCGACAGUGAUGCAAGAGAGUUGUGCGCAUUUGUUGAAGGAUCGAGCGUUCUCCGCAGGGUGUAGAAGUGUGGAGGAGAAAUCCGUCAAAACUGGCCCUUUGGAGCUCGUCCUGGUACCCCGACUCUUAGUAGGCCGAUGACCCGUUCAUAUUUUAAUAAAGUCUUAUCACCAUCACCUUUCA